GUAUAAAAGCUAGACGCACCGCAGCAAUCAGAUAAAACAUUAGCAGACAUACAGAACCAUAGCAGCUUACAGUGCCACAUCCAACUCAAGCAGAACAGAUAAAGGAAAGAAGGUAACAGGUAUCAUGUAUCCAGAAAUGAACAUGGCAAGACACCAGGAUUUGGUAACGAGCUGUAUGGACGAGCUGGUUGAGAGGGUGAACGAAAGCCGGCGGAUAUGUAAAGCUUUGCUCAGCCAGGGUCUGCUGACUGAGGACAAAUACAGGACCAUUGUAGAAUCUUCAAGGUCUCAGGAUAGAAUGAAACAGCUCUUGCAUGCUCUGUCUAGCAAAGGACAACAGGGAAGAGAAGCCCUUUACAGAUUACUACAAGAACAUGAGCCUGAGCUUACUCUGCAGAUGGAGCACUCUCAAUAUGUGCAUAUGGUGAGGCAGAGGCUCAUUCAGUCAGUGAGGCAGGUGGAACCAGUGGCCAACCGAAUGCUCCAUCAGGGCCUGAUUACAGAAGAAGAGUAUUUCCAGGUGUGUGAAGAGGAAGGAAGCGAGGCGAGAAUGCAUGCCAUGUUUAGAGUUUUGGAGAAGCAUGGGAUAAAACAGAGCGAUGGAUUCUACAAUACACUCUUCUACUGUGAGCCAUUACUGUACCGUGAGCUAGAAAAACACAGAGUGCUUCAGAUGUAUGAACUAGGUAAAGAACACAACCAAUUAGUGCACAUUAUUCCUGAGGACAAGCUAGAAGAGAGGUUGAGAGAACUGGAAUUCAAAGAAAAGCAAGUGGAAAAGGAGAAGCAGGACCUGAGAAAAAUGUGGGAACUUUUAGAAAAACGGCAAGCAGAGAUGGAUGAGGAGAGGAAGCAGGUCCUUGAAAUGAAAAAGGAACUUGAAAAACGUCAGAGAAAGAGGGAUGACAUGUAGGAGAAUUUGAAUUCUUCCUUUCUCACUGGACGAGAAGGGCAGAGAAUCACAGGACAAUUAGAACACCUGAAUAAUAAUGGGUCCACCAUGCCAGUAAAUGCAAACAACUUCCUGGAUCGGAUCUUGGAUUAGUGAACAACAACAACAACAAAACAUCAUGUACAUUAUAUAACCUUAUGAUUUAACAAGCCCUUUCAUACUCAUAUACAUGGCUGGCAAUAAAAUUAUACUGUAAUUUUAUUUUUGCAGCUAUUAAGAUUUUUUUUUGUGCUUCUGUUACAUAAACACUUCUCUGGCUCCUGCUUUAUCUUUAUUGCAUAGAUCAUAAAUUAGGAUCUUAAUUACUCUUCUAAAUAUUUCAUCAUUUCUUCACUAAGAAAAUAUCUCAUGCAAAUAUGCUGAAACUUUUUAUUGUAAAUUUCACCCCAAAAAAUCUAAUUGAAAUAGGAUUGGAAAAAUACAUUUAUCUUUUAUUUUUUUCAUUUUUUUUUUGUAUUAUCUGUAUUAUCAUUUUUUAGGAUCAAUCAUUGGAAACAAUGGUUCCGAGUUUGUACUAUGUACAGUUUUACAUUAGAUGUUAUUGCUGUGGCAAUCACUGUGAAAAUCUCAAUUCCAUUUUUUAAAAACAAAAAUAAAAAAU